AUGACCAAUGAAACAAAGCAGACACAAAUGAAAGAACCAUAUGCAAGCAAAUCAACGAAGUUCCUGUUCGUGUACAGGGAGCGACGCAUUAGACAAGAAGAGUGGAAAGGGACUUACCCUUGGUCGUGUACUGUUCCUUCUCCCAACUCCGAAGCGAUAGAGAAGAGAAAUCCAGUGGAGGCGCCAACCGUCGAAGGAGAGAUAAGCAGCAGAGAUGCUAUUAGGCUGAAACAACAAAUAACCAACGUGCUAACUGCGCGGGCCGUUAUUAACAGAAACUGGGCGGGCCGGGCUACAAGCCCAUAUCUAGGCCCGCCAGAAGGCCCAGAACUGACUGAUAUUUUACAGGCAGCGCCACACAUAUCUCAUCCAUUUUACGAUUCCCCAGACUUCCCGUAUCAAUAG